UAGAAGAGGGAAGGUGUAAACGUCAGCGUUGUACUUUUUUUUUGUACUUGGAUCCUUAUAACACGUUGCCGUUUACUUAUGGUUAUUUAAUAAAUUCUAGAAAUUAUUUCGAUAGUAAAUCAAUUUUAUUUGUUUUUCGUUCUAUGGAGUUUUUGCAGCUUCUGUCAUGUGCGUGUAUCGUGUUUACGGUCGGGAUGUUCUCGACUGGACUGACCGAUCUGAAAAAGAUGAGGGCUACACAAAGUGCUGAUAAAAUCCAGUUCCUCCCUUUCCUUACCACUUGUCUAAAUAACCUAGGAUGGCUGUAUUAUGGCAUUCUGAAGAAAGACGGCACAUUGAUCAUUGUGAACACAAUCGGGGCCUGUCUACAGACUCUGUAUAUACUGUCUUACUGCCACUACACCAAAGAAAGAAGACGAGCGCUGCAGCAGACCCUGUUGAUGGUGUGUACUCUGGGCUUGGGCUGGGGUUACUUCACUGUGAUCGUCUCCCAGGGCGACGUCAAGCUCUCCCAGCUGGGCCUAGUGUGCAGCGUCUUCACCAUCAGCAUGUACCUCUCUCCACUGGCUGACCUGCUGGAGAUCAUCCGCAGUCGUUCGGUGGAGUGCCUGUCCUUCCCUCUGACCGUGGCCACCUUCCUCACCUCCACUGCCUGGACACUCUACGGCAUGCAGCUGCAGGACUUCUACAUCAUGGUCCCCAACACACCAGGCAUCGUCACCAGCCUCAUUCGCUUCUUCCUCUUCUGGAGUUUGGGAUCGGGAAGUGAGGGCAAGCCCCCCUACAACCCUCUCUCCACAUAGACGAAGUGCUGCACCCACCACCAAGUGCCUUCUUCCUGGAACUUUCUCCUAUGUGCUCUUAGAAACAGCCUCCACUUCCCUGCUUCUCUUGAAGGUCUCUCCUUCUUCUGAGGCGACUACAGUUCAGUUUGUUUUACAUGUAUGGUUACCGAUGUCAGACUCUCGUGGUAUAGCUGAAAAGGGUUGAGCCGUGUAGGUUGGUCAAGUACAGUACAUUAUAGAAAAAGCCUGUUUGACUCUCAAAGAACGGCCCCCACCUCGGGCGAAAAGAAGUGAUUGACUUCCGAAGCUCACGAGAGGGAGGGGAGCGGUUCUGUGUCCCAAAUGGCCGCGGGACUUGUGGGACAAGCGUCUUAAGUCAUCCCCACCUGCGAGGUUUCAGUUCAUUGCACUUUAAAGUGAGGAAUGACUCAACUUAUCUGUUAAAGAAUGCUGGUUUGUCCGGGGGUCAUUUUCAGGUACCUGUCACUUAUCCACUAUUAUGACCUCACACGUGUUUGCAAUAUGUAGUUCAUGUAGUUUCCUUUGUCCCUUUCUCAAUAUUCUGUAUGUUUAGAGAGUUUACUUGCCAAAAUGUAUUUUUCAAUACAGUGUUUUGUUGUUUUUCAACUUAAUAUUCAGUCGAUUCUAUCAAAUCCCCUUGCAAAACUUAAGAAAGACUGUAUUACUGUACUUCAUCGACACAUGUGCAUUUCCGCGCAUCUACAAGAAAAUUACAAGAUAUUUCUGAAUGCCAUUUUGAGGCCUUACAAUUUCGGCCUUGACGAUUUCUUUGUGAAAUCACCUAUGACCUGUUGACAAUGCAUAGCUCAGUAGUGGGCGUUCUUUUCUCUAUACAUUCCAUUCCUUCCUACAGUCUUGUGUCACCCACAUUCCCUCCACACAGACGGCUCUUUGUCUUGUUCGUGUGCUGGGGUGUGCGCUGGUAUUGCUGUGGUGUUGCUGACGUUAGCAUGUCAUCUCUCCUACACUGCCAUGUACAUCAAGAGAGUACCCACCAGAGCCAGAGCUACCGGGGAGUCGGCCAGCUGCCCUCUAACCUCUAUGUGACCUUUAUCUGACCUUUGUGGGAAGGGGAAGAAGCUCUUUUUUAUGCAUAGGGGGGGUCGCUGUGCCCACCAAGCCACAGUUGUCUUUGACAAAGAGCCAGUGUACAGGGUGUCAUUCCACAUACGUGUGUGUGUGUGUGUGUGUGUGUGUGUGUGUGUGUGUGUGUGUGUGUGUGUGUGUGUGUGUGUGUGUGUGUGUGUGUGUGUGUGUGUGUGUGUGUGUGUGUGUGUGUGUGUGUGUGUGUGUGUGUGUGUGUGUGUGUGUGUGUGUGUGUGUGUGUGUGUGUGUGUGUGUGUGUGUGUGUGUGUGUGUGUGUGUGUGUGUGUGGACAGGUCUGGAGUUGAAACUGUGACCAGUUGUAGAUGCUUUUGCGUCUUUGUUGUUUGCCUGUUUGUUUGUUUGUUGCUUGUUUGGAAUGAAAACCUGAAGCAUUGUUGGUCAAAGAUUUUACACCUUCCCCUCUCCCUCAGUUUAGUGUGAUCUUCAGCAACAGCUACUGUAGCCACUCUGCAGAGGAGGAGGACGUUGAUGGUGAGGUGAUGAUGAUCCCUCAGACAUUUCUGUCCAAGGGCGUACUCCAGCCACUAAUGGGGCUCUUCUGAUAGGAGUUUUACCACUAAGAGUUGGCAUAUCUGGGAAGCUACUAAACCACAUACUUAAGGCCCUUUCACACAAGAUCACCACCAUUAUCAGACACAAUAUUUGCAUGAGGAUGGCCUCCAUUGUCAUGAAAAAUACAUUUCAGAGAGAAUCUGAAAUUAUUUCAUCCUGGACGUGUAAAGACUGAUAAGAACGGAGAACACAUGUAUUUAAUUAGCUCUGUGAUUUUGUGUGAACAUUUCAUCAGACAAAUUUGGACAUGCUGUGAAAUGGCCUUUGGGGGGGGGGUUGAUAAUUGACAGAAACUUCUAUGAGUCCAGGGGUGUUAAUAUAAGGUCCAUAGAGUCAGUUUAGUGUAGUGCCACUGCCGUUGUUGCUAAAUGAAAGGGAUUGUGUUUUUAUAACUAUAAAUGACUAUUAUUCAUGAGUGACUUCUCAUUACACUGGCUGGUGACUCUUCUCAGUUGUGUAGACCAAAAGACUUUACUUCGGGACUUCACUCUAAAUCCUGUGGUAUGUUUGCCUUCGUCAGUUGGUCACUUUUGCACAUGAUGGCUCAGGGUCAACAAUCGGAGGCUAUCUGUUGUCUGUCUUUAGUCUGUUUUAAUGGACUGUAGGUGAAGAUGACUAGUGGCCUAUAUGGCGCUCGCCACACAUUCUCAUGAAUACUUUCUAGAGGAUUCCGGAGGGAGUGCUAGAAUCUGAUGCUGCUCUAGGCGAUAACAGGGUUUUACUUCGGCUUCUUCUCCUUAAUUAAAAAAAAAAGUAGGACUUCAGGUAUCGCCUUGCCCCUUGGCAGCAGUUUCCGUCGCAAUAGCCGUAUGAGAUAAGUGUCGGCUUUCCCACGUGAAAAGGACAGAUUGUCCUCACUGGCUAGGGUGUGUAAGCUUUAACUGUUGUCUGCAUGUGCGGUCCUCCUCUACAUCAGAUCCCAGUCCUGCAUACGGUUUCCAUUCAGCCCACUACACGGCCACAGUAUUCUUUUCUGCUAACCUAAGCGUAGCUUGCUGCUUUUAACAUUUUACAAACUUUAAAUCAUACGCUUAACGGUAGCUCUUACAAAACAAUGUGUGAAAUCUAAGAUUCUAGGAAAAUGGCAGAGGAUCGUAAAGCAGACUGAAUUUUGUGUGUUUUAAUGAUGUUUUACAGUAUUUUGUGACUGUGUCAGUUCAAAAGUAAUAUGUUUGAUAUGCCAAGAAAGUGUCACUGUCUUGACUGCCCCUUGACUGUUGACAUGUGAAAACAGUGUUUCUAUGUUCCAUUUUCUAUGUUCAAUUGUAGAACAGCUAUAAGGGUACUGUAUGCAAGGCGAUUGACAAGACGCAGGGCAAAAGUAAAGUUGAUUGCUUUAAGAAACACACACACACACACACACACACACACACACACACACACACACACACACACACUCAAACACACACUCAAACAUCACUAACACACAUACAUACACACCACCACCACGUUCAAACCCCAGUACACACGGGGACCCGGGAGAUUCCCCCAUCUCACCCCAUCUCUCUCUCUCUCCCACUCCUGUCAGUCUCUUCACGGUCCUAAACAAAAAGCCCCCAAAGACAUAUACAAUACAAUACAAUAUAUGAUAUAAAUGUGUCAGCCUCUGAAUGGACUUGCAGAAAUGGCAUACUGUAAAAUAGGCUCACCUCUCAUGUAUUUAGGCUACUUUCAUGUCAUUUUAAUAUCCAGCACAAUGAGUUUGGUGUUUCAUUCAAUCAUCCAGCGGGUGGCCCUCGACUUACUUUAUUAGCCAUCAUGGCCCCCUAUGGAAAGUAAUGGUCCGCACCUGCUCUAUACUGUAUCUCUCUGCUCCAAGUGCGUUGAGACUCUUAGAUACAUCCCAAUUUACAUUGAGCUGUGUCGGACACAUAUGGGCACAUGGAUGUCUGUGUUGUUGGCUUAGUGAAAUAACUAAACACUUUAUAAGUAUUUUUUACACAUUUCAGACAUACCUAUCUAUCUAUCAUACUGUAUGUCUGAAAUGUGUAAAAAAUACUUUAUAAAGUGUUUAGUUAUUUGUAGUAAUGAUGUUCCUUGUUCUACAGUUAAGGGGUGUUCCCACAGUGGCUGAACAACAGCCAAGCCUGUUUCACAUAUUAUGGCAUGAUGUGAGAUUCAACAACAAUGCACAACUGGCUUGUGGCAGUCGCAGACACGCUGCAUAUUUUACUGUGCGUACAACCCCCGACACAGGAAAAGUUGUGACGUUGUGAAAAAAAUGCAAAUAAUGAACAGAAUGUUAUCAUUUGCAAAUCUUGUAAACCCAUAUAUAGCUGCAAAAAGGACACAGACAACAUAUCAAAUGUCAAACUAUUUUCAACAGAAUGUGAGAUACAACACAAUACACAAAUUGUUGACAGCAGGUGCAAAUACGCCACAUGUUGUAGUACCCAGGAUCUACCAAAGAACCAAAACAGAGGGAAAAACACACAUCCCCUUCAUGAGCAGUCCACGGGGGUUAUCAGCAAGCAUCAGUGUUUCAUUGAAUUAGGCCCACAACACCUCCAGAAGGCUUGACCGUGGUGUGUGUAUGCCCCAGACUAAACCUGCGAUACAUUCAUUGUGUGUUUGGACACAUCACAAACAGAAACAUGGUGGAGUCCCACUCCAGAAACACACAGCAUCAGGACUUCACAUAUCUCUCUGAGUCCAUUCAUGUUCUAACAUGGCCACAAAAUAGUCUGAGCAACUCAGCCAUAGCCAUUGUGUUGCCUUUACAGCAGCCUCCUUUACAACCAUUUGCAACUCCUUUACAGCCAUUUUCAGUGAAUGUCCUCCAAACCAAAAUCAAAGUGUUGUGGUUGACGUUGCUCUAACGCCUCUAACGCCUAUCUUCACUGGUAUUUGUGUGUGCUUGCUGGCCUUAUUCCCUUACUCCAAUGUUCUGCAGAUUCCUUCUAAAGGCUUCCUCCAUUGCAUCUUCAGAGGUGUAACUGUAUGAUGUGGUGUAUUAUAUGGAGCUCUGUGCCAUGUGCUAGGCUGUGUGAGGAGAUAUCUGUGGUCGAAACGAUAAUAAAUUGUAUAUGCUAUUCA